GAGGGGCUGGGCAUGUGAAAAACGCAGUCGUCUGAAACUGUCGAAUUCAGUUGUCACGUUGCAUCUGUCAGCUUCAAGACAAAGCGGAAACCUUGGCAUCAUGAUGUAGAGAAUACAGGCUUGGCUAAAAACAGAAAACUUGACAGGAAGACAGCUCCCGUGAAAUCAAAAUGUCUGAGUUCGAUGAGAACGAGGAAGUUGUACCCGCGAUUCUGACAUCUGUCAAACAGGAGCCAGACUGCAGUCUUCUCACAGACCCAGACGACAGUGAAAACAAUGCCAACUACUCGCAGGGCUACUCCAUUCAGGAGUCGGAUGAUACAGAUAUGGACUAUAUUAUCACAACACAGGAGGGUACGCCGUUGUUUGAUUCCAGAGACCCAUCACCAGUCAAACCAAAAUCCAAGUCAAAGAGAAGGAGACAUGAUGAAGAAUCUCCAAACAGCAGGGUUAAACGUAGAAAGCGAUGUGGCGAAUGUGGUCCUUGUCAGGUCAAAGAAAACUGCGGCACCUGCAUCCAAUGCCAGCGGCGAAGUGUGUUGAAACAGAGCUGUAUAUACAGGAAGUGCUUGUACCUGAGGAAACCCUCCAAAUUUAGAGUGCCCUCAACAGACUGUUCACUGGAGUCUCAGAAUUCCAUGGAGUACACGACAAACGAAGAUGUUCUUCUUCCAGAUGACACUGCAUUACUGGAGAGACCGAUGGUGCUAUUGUCCCCAGAAAGCCAGGAUGACCACCUCCCGGAAGGUGAAGCAGAAAACAUGAACUACGCUCCUGCUGAAGAGGAUGCUCUCAAUACAGAUGUUGUUGCUGUUGAGAAAAUAUGUGAACCCAUGAAAGAACCUACUCAAACUGUUCCUGAUGCACAGACUGUCCAUCCUGUCAAACCUCAUCCUCCAGGUGAGGAUGAAGAGGACAAAGGAUUGAGCUCUGAGGACUUCUUUCAAAAGAGGAUAAUAAAUGCUGACAGAGAUGAAGAUGGUCUGUCAGAACACCCAGUUUCUGCACAUUCUCCUGAGCCUCUCUUGACUGGCAGUGACCUUCACAUGCCUCAACGCGAACUGCUACGGAAGAAGAUUCUAGAACGCAAGCUCUCUGUAGACGGAGCAGUACCCCAAGGUUCUCUUCAAGCAUUUGGGCGACGCAAUUCUGAUCCUUUGAUAGAGGUGCCUAGUGGGGUAGACACAGCAGUGUCAACCACAAAAGAGCCUCAAGAUGAUCGCAUUAUUAUUAAAGAUAUCCUGGAAAAGGUACCGUACUCAAAAAAUAAAACAAAAGGGCGAUCUCAUAAAAGUGAAAGGCAGACGAGCAUUUGUGCAAAAUGGACUAAGAUGCAUUCAGGCUCACUUGACAAGAGAUCAAGGAGCCAUAGGUCUAGUGCUUCACCUGCAAGUGUUCAAAGUAACCCUAACAGGGACAUGCCUUACGAUAAUGUGCACCCGGAUCAUGCGUUGCGCAUCCCUAAUAUGGCUUCGCCCUGCUUUGAUGUGGGAGCACCGAGAUUCCCUUAUCAUAUGAUGGGAUCUAGUGCUUCUGGCCUGCAUGCACCUUCAGUGAACUCCAUCCCAUUUCUGAGAGGAUUUGAUUCGGGGCCCUAUCCUCCUAGAAUGAUCUAUUACCCCAGAGAUCCUCGGUCAUCCCCAGCAGAGAUGUAUGGCCCUUCACCCCAUGGUUUUAGACCUGUAUACCCUGGUCAGGUUCCAGCCAUGUACCCACCCUCUAACAGACCUGAGGGUUCAAGGUCAUCAACUCCACCUUUGAGAAUCGAGGACAGUACACGAUUUUCUGCAGGGUAUAUGUCAGAUUCGCAGAGCCAGAAGUCAUUUGGGACACCUGAACCUCCCAGGCACUGUCCACCCCUUAAAGAUUCUCGAGGGCUUAAUCCUGCAAAAUCUUCUGCAGAUACUCAAAGGCAAUAUCAGCAGCCGAUCAACUUACACCGGCAACAGCAUCCAGUGGUCAGCCCAGAUGCUCAGAGGCUUCCACCAGUAAUUGAUGUAAGAGGACAAUCACAUCCAGCUUAUCUGCAAGAUGGUCACAGACUGGGUCCAGUCCCUAAUUCAGCCACAUCUGAUGUGCACAGACAUUCGCAAAUCUCACCCUUCUCAGAUCAGAGGAGACUUCCUUCUCCUGAUUUCAAUGCAUAUAGAUAUGGACUUAGACCAGAGUAUGUCCGAUUCCCUCCACAACCCCCAGAAGGACUUCCUCAGAGCUCUGCCAGAUCCAAUCGGUUCAGUCCCAGCCCCAGCCCCAAGGAGCGGUCUCCCCACCAGUCCAUGAUGGAUGGUUGUACCUAUCCUGGUGGUCAGCCACCACCGCCGCGGUUGUUCAGUCCAUGGAUGCCACAUGGUAUUCCAUUUGGCAUGCAUUUCCCAGGUGGUUACCCUGCGUAUGCACCUCGAUAUCCCAUGGAAAUGGUGCGUGGGAUUCCUGGUGCACCCAUGGGACCUCCCUAUUUCCCACGGUUCCCAGGCCCUCUUCCGAUGGAUAGCUUGGGUCGUGGAUUGGAUGACUUGGAACCUGGAGAGGUGCGUAGGUUUCCUCCUGCACAACCACCUCCUCCUUCGGACGGUCCCAGGCCAGAGUUACCCCCACCGCGACAACCAACCCCUCCAUCAGCGAACUCAGGCAAACAAUCCCCUGUCCCAGCAAAGGACAAGACUACUGCUAAGCCACCCAUGGAUGCCCACUUGAAACGAUAUUUGGAUGAUGUGUACAAGAACUUCACUUGUCACCCUUCAAGACCGUCAUCUUUACCAAACAAAACUGAUGGUCAGCUCAGUGAACAGUCAUCCAGUCUGCCUGACUAUGAGCGAGAAAUGAUCAGCAUUGAUGACUUCCACGUGAGUGCCUACAUUCGAGCAGAUGGCACGAACAGUGUGGAAAUAGAAUUUGACCAAAAUUCCCUGGUGGAAGAUACCCAAAGUCCAGCUUCAUGUGAUCUUACAUCUGCACCAAAUUCCCAGUACACUGCUGAUGCAGGUAACUCUGUACCGGCAAUCAAAGAAAUUCUUGUGGACGGAAAGCCUUUCCUGGUUGGACUGAGUGGUACAGUGGAGGACAGUGUUGUGCUGAGACAGGAUCUGGGGGAUGAAGGUGUAGUGCAAAUAGAGCUUCCAGGGGAGAAGUUUAAAGUGGAAAAUAUUCUUUUGAAUCCUGAUAUUCUUGCUUCCUCCAGCAAUGUUGAUAGACUGCUUCAGUUUCUUUCUAAGAAAGUAGACCUGCAAGUCAGCACAGUCUAAAACGCUUUUGCUGUGUCUUACAUGUCUUAUGUGUGUAAUUGUCAUGUCUUCCUGUUUUAACCCACGUUGUUGUUGUUGCUCUUGUUGAUACACAUCUACUGUGAAAGAUGAUGGUAUAUAUUCUCUCUAUUUACAUGUUCCUGCCAGUCCAUGCGCUCACAUGAAACUAUUAUGACGCACCAAAUAAUCAAUGCAAAUAUCAUUUCAUCAUUCUGUAAGAUGGGUCGGAAGUUGGGGUCACGUGACCACC